CCGGCGCAGCGCCGCAGCGGCAGCCUCCGCCCCCCGCACGGUGUGCGCGCCCGCGGUCAGGGCGGCCGGAGUCCCGAACUAGUCCGAGCGAGCCCCGGCGGCUACCGCACUCCCGGACCCGCCGACGGGACACCUCGGCGACCGCCCGAGUCCCCGCCUCGCCGCCGCCGCCGCCGCCUCUGGGCGGCCAGGAGACGCAGCCACCGCGCACAGCCGCCUCACUCUGUCCGGGAUUAAUUAGGGAGAUCAGGAGCCAGCGCUUCGGGGACAGCAAUGCGACCCUCCGAGACGGCGGGAGCCGCGCUCCUGGUGCUACUGGCUACGCACUUCCAGGCAACUUGGUCGCUGGAGGAAAAGAAAGUUUGCCAAGGCACAAGUAACAAGCUCACCCAGUUGGGCACUUUUGAAGACCACUUUUUGAGCCUCCAGAGGAUGUUCAAUAACUGUGAAGUGGUCCUUGGGAAUUUGGAAAUUACGUAUGUGCAGAGGAAUUAUGACCUUUCCUUCUUAAAGACCAUCCAGGAGGUUGCAGGCUAUGUCCUUAUCGCCCUCAACACUGUGGAGAGGAUUCCUUUGGAAAACUUGCAGAUCAUCAGAGGAAAUGUGCUCUAUGAAAACACCUAUGCCCUCGCGGUCUUAUCCAACUAUGGUACAAAUAAAACUGGACUGAGAGACCUGCCCAUGCGAAACUUACAGGAAAUCCUGCUUGGUGCUGUGAGAUUCAGCAACAACCCUGUCCUCUGCAACGUGGAGACUGUCCAGUGGCGGGACAUUGUCCACAGUGACUUUCUGAGCAAUAUGUCAGUAGACUUUCAGAACAAUCUGGCCAGUUGCCAAAAGUGUGAUCCAAGCUGUCCCAAUGGAAGCUGUUGGGGUGCAGGAGAGGAAAACUGCCAAAAACUGACCCAAACCAUCUGUGCCCAGCAGUGUUCAAAGCGCUGCCGGGGCAGGUCCCCCAGCGACUGCUGCCACAACCAGUGUGCGGCCGGCUGCACAGGCCCCCGGGAGAGUGACUGCCUGGCCUGCCGCAAGUUCCGAGAUGAAGCCACGUGCAAGGACACCUGCCCGCCCCUGAUGCUGUACAACCCCACCACAUACCAGAUGGAUGUGAACCCAGAGGGCAAAUACAGCUUUGGCGCCACGUGUGUGAAGAAAUGCCCACAUAACUAUGUGGUGACAGAUCACGGCUCGUGCGUCCGCUCCUGUGGACCUGACAGCUAUGAAGUGGAGGAAGAUGGCGUCCGCAAAUGUAAAAAGUGCGAAGGGCCUUGUCGCAAAGUCUGUAAUGGAAUAGGAAUUGGUGAAUUUAAGGACACACUUUCCAUAAAUGCUACAAAUAUUAAACACUUCAAAAAUUGCACCUCCAUCAGUGGGGAUCUUCAUAUCCUGCCAGUAGCAUUUAGGGGGGACUCCUUCACACGUACUCCACCUCUAGAUCCAAAGGAACUGGAUAUUCUAAAAACUGUAAAGGAAAUAACAGGGUUUUUGCUAAUUCAAGCUUGGCCUGAAAACAGGACUGACCUCCACGCUUUUGAGAACCUAGAAAUCAUACGCGGCCGAACAAAGCAACAUGGUCAGUUUUCUCUUGCGGUGGUGGGCCUGCACAUAACAUCCCUUGGAUUACGCUCCCUCAGGGAGAUAAGUGAUGGAGACGUGAUAAUUUCAGGAAAUCAGAAACUGUGCUAUGCAAAUACAAUAAACUGGAAAAAAUUAUUUGGGACGUCAAGUCAGAAAACGAAAAUUGUAAACAACAAAGCGGUAAAUGAGUGCAAGGCCAUAAACCAUGUUUGUAAUCCCUUGUGCUCAUCAGAGGGCUGCUGGGGUCCAGAGCCCAAAGACUGUGUCUCCUGCUGGAAUGUCAGCCGUGGCAAGGAAUGUGUGAAGGAGUGCAACAUUCUGGAAGGGGAGCCCCGGGAGUUCGUGGAGAAUUCCGAGUGCCUACAGUGCCAUCCCGAGUGCCUGCCCCAGGUCAUGAACAUAACCUGCACAGGACGUGGUCCUGACAACUGCAUAAAGUGUGCCCACUACAUUGACGGCCCUCACUGCGUCAACACCUGCCCGGCUGGUAUCAUGGGUGAAAAUAACACCCUGGUCUGGAAGUACGCGGAUGCCAAUCACGUGUGCCACCUGUGCCAUCCAAACUGUACCUACGGUUGUGCUGGGCCUGGUCUUCAAGGCUGUGCAACAAAUGGGCCCAAGAUCCCAUCCAUUGCCACUGGAAUUGUGGGCGGCCUCCUCUUGGUGGUGGUGGUGGCCCUUGGGAUUGGCCUCUGCAUGCGAAGGCGCCACAUUGUCCGGAAGCGCACAUUACGCAGACUGCUGCAGGAAAGAGAGCUUGUUGAGCCUCUUACGCCCAGCGGAGAAGCUCCCAACCAAGCUCUCUUGAGGAUCUUAAAGGAAACAGAAUUUAAAAAGAUCAAAGUGCUUGGCUCAGGAGCAUUUGGCACCGUGUACAAGGGCCUCUGGAUCCCAGAAGGAGAGAAGGUUAAAAUUCCUGUGGCUAUCAAGGAAUUACGGGAGGCGACGUCUCCAAAAGCCAACAAGGAGAUUCUUGAUGAAGCCUACGUGAUGGCCAGUGUGGACAAUCCCCACGUGUGCCGCCUGCUGGGCAUCUGCCUGACCUCGACGGUCCAGCUCAUCACACAGCUCAUGCCCUUCGGCUGCCUCCUGGACUACAUCCGCGAGCACAAGGACAACAUCGGUUCCCAGUACCUACUCAACUGGUGUGUGCAGAUCGCAAAGGGCAUGAAUUACCUAGAAGACCGCCGCUUGGUGCACCGCGACCUGGCGGCCAGGAACGUCCUGGUGAAGACGCCACAGCAUGUCAAAAUCACCGAUUUUGGACUGGCCAAACUGCUUGGGGCUGAGGAGAAGGAAUACCACGCAGAAGGAGGCAAAGUGCCUAUUAAAUGGAUGGCUUUGGAAUCAAUUUUACACCGAAUUUAUACCCAUCAAAGUGAUGUCUGGAGCUACGGUGUCACAGUUUGGGAGCUGAUGACCUUUGGAUCCAAGCCUUAUGACGGAAUCCCUGCAAGCGAGAUCUCAUCCAUCCUAGAGAAAGGAGAGCGCCUUCCCCAGCCACCCAUAUGCACGAUCGAUGUCUACAUGAUCAUGGUCAAAUGCUGGAUGAUAGAUGCAGACAGUCGCCCCAAGUUCCGUGAAUUGAUCGUGGAAUUCUCCAAAAUGGCCCGGGACCCCCAGCGCUAUCUUGUCAUUCAGGGGGAUGAAAGGAUGCAUUUGCCAAGCCCCACAGACUCCAAUUUUUAUCGUGCCCUGAUGGAUGAAGAGGACAUGGAAGAUGUUGUAGAUGCAGACGAGUACCUCAUCCCACAGCAGGGAUUCUUCAACAGCCCCUCCACAUCUCGGACCCCUCUCCUAAAUUCUCUGAGUGCAACCAGCAACAAUUCCACUGUGGCCUGCAUUGACAGAAACGGGCAGAGCUGUCCAGUCAAGGAAGACAGCUUCUUGCAGCGGUACAGUUCAGACCCCACGGGAGCCUUGACCGAGGACAACAUAGAUGACAGUUUCCUUCCAGUGCCAGAAUACAUAAACCAAUCUGUUCCCAAAAGGCCUGCGGGCUCGGUCCAGAACCCUGUGUAUCACAAUCAGCCUCUGAACCUAGCUCCUGGCAGAGAUCCUCACUACCAAAAUCCCCACAGCAACGCAGUGGCCAACCCUGAGUAUCUCAACACCUCCCAGCCCACCUGUGUCAACGGCGUGUUUGACAGCCCCAUCUCCUGGGCCCAGAAAGGCAACCACCAAAUUAGCCUGGACAACCCUGACUACCAACAGGACUUCUUUCCCAAGGAAGCCAAGCCAAAUGGCCUCUUUAAGGUUCCGGCAGCGGAAAAUGCAGAGUACCUGAGGGUCGCACCACCAAGCAGUGAAUUUAUUGGAGCAUGACAAUGGAGGAUAACAGCCAUAGAAAUUCCAGACUCUGCAGCCACCCAGGACCAAGCCACGGCAGCUACUACAGUACUGAUAGCCACGUCCCGGUUAACGCUCAGGCCCGUGGACUGAUUUUGCACCAUUUCCUCUGAUCGGCCCAUUUUCCAACCAGGAAGCGCCCCUCUGCUCUGAUGUACUUUGGGAAGUCGCAGGUACAUUCCUUUUCUUCAAACUGGGUGGCUUUCCAAAAAAUGCACCCAGCAAGAAUGUUGUCCAUUUGGGCAGAAGUUUACCUCUCGAUGAGGUAUAUUUGGGAAAAACACACACACACGCAUGUAUAUAUAGGGAGUUUCAUUGCUCGGGAAUCUUUGGGGCUUUUAGUUGUCCUUAUUUGUUUUGUUUUUAAUGGGCUCUUCCAACAAGGAAGAAACUUGCCUGUAGCACCUGCUACACUGAGUUGAUCCAGGCCAAACUGUGACUGAGGAGCAUGGGCUACAAGUCUUCCAACGAAUAUGUGAUCCCUUUGGCUCUGCCUCAAGACUCUUCCAUUUCAAGACAGUUGAAAAAAAGAAGUCCUCCAUGCUCUAAGGAAGGCUGACUGGUACUAUAUCUAAUCAUGGCAAGGUACAGAAGGAUAAGCCACUUUGUCCCUGCCUGGGCAAAAAAGAAACAGGUGGGGGAGUUCUGCCUCAGACUUAAAUUUUGUACAAAUGUGUCUCCAUGGUACUUCCUCCCCAUUGUUUGUUCAGUGUUUGCUAAUCAUGAGUAUUAGACUUGUUUAUUUUGCAUUCCAUUGUUUUGAACCUUGAUAUGAUUUCCCUGGCUUGCUGUCAUUAAGUCAGCAAGAGGAGACGGUACAUCAAAAAACAGCUAAGAGUCUAGCUCACAUUUGAUUCAUCGACAUUCAGACCAAUAGCCUUUAAUUAAGGUGGAACAAAAAUGCAAAAGUUCACACAGAAACACAGCCCCUGAUUUUGUGUCUUAGAUAAAAGGCAUCAAGUCCUUUGGGGUACAUAUCAGGAGACUACAAAAUGAAGCUACUCUUAAAACUCAUUCAGACUUACCCUCUUCUCCCCUCUCCACAGCAAAAAAUUAAUUUAGGGUACUCAUGGAAGAUAAUUUUCUUUUUAUCUCACUUUAAAACUUUUUUACUCAAGGAAUACUUUGUGCCUCCCAGCUAAGCUGUCCCGAAAGCCUCUCUCUGCCCUUCGUGGGGGAAAAAUAAAGGUUCUAGGUCCUAUGGCAACUAUGCAAGAAUUUACAGCCCAAGGCAUGGUAGGUACGUUUUAUGGGCAGAAAUAAAGAUAAAAUAAUUUUAGUGUGGAAUUUAAAUGGUAAAUAUUAAAUUAGAGUUGAAAAUGUAUGCUCUUGCCUUAACAACAUCAAAACAUGUUUUAGAAGAAAAAAAUUUCCCUUUUAAAAUAAUUUCACUAGAGAUUGGGGGAUCCAGCUAGUUAGGAUCCCAACUUUUUCUCUGAUCUGUGUGUCCCUGCAACCUGACUGGCUAAACGGCAGUCCUUUGUAGAAAGUGCUUUGAAUAUUCUUCAGUCUCGACAUCCAUCCUUUCCAGUUUCUCAAAGAAGCAAUGUUUCAGACACUGUUUUGGGACUGCAAACGUGCUCAACCACACACACAUGCAAAUUUUUCCUUGUGGUUUUAAUUAUUUAAAUAUUUUGUCACCAAAAUAUUGGCUUUUGUCUCAGUGGAAAUAAAACAAUAAUCUAGUCAAUUCCAUUACAUUUGCAAAUACUUUUAAGCACCUAUACCAGCCAGGCACAGACACUACAGAUAGCAAAAUAGAUAAAACAUAAUCCCCAGCUCCAAGAAACUCACAAUUUAGCAAAGGAGAUGGAUUCAUAAACACAGCCUUAAAACUAUACAACAAAGGUAGGCCACACGUGUCGGCCAAGCACUACAAGAGCACAGAGGGGAUUCUACCUGGGGAGAUCAAGUUGGCAAUAUAAGAAUUGGAAGAUGACCAAGGUUUAAGCCAGAAGGCGAAUGGAAAGUGCAUUCCCAGGAGAGGGAACUCUGAACCAGGAAGCAUCUGACAGAAGAGUCCACUCAGAAAGUAGUUUUAAAGGCAGAGUUAAGUCAUCUGAACAAGCUACUCUCCUUCAAGUCUAGGAAUUAGGCUUGUAGCAUUCCCCAACUCCCUUGAAUUCAUUCAUUGGAGUUGUAGGGCUGUCUUCUUUGAAAAUGAUUAGUGAUAAAACUGAGCAACAAAUUUGAAAUUUCAUGUCAUUGUCAUUCAACUGCUUUCAUUUUUCAUUCACUUCAGAAAAUAGCUUAUUCAGAACGUGGAAAAUGAAUGAUAUCUAUUCUGCUACCACUUACUUAUCAAGAAGAGAUAGAUGAUCGAGGGAGGGCAAUUGUAACCCAGUCAAAUUGUAGCAAGUGAAAUCCUAGUAUUUUUGUAAUUUGAAAUAUUUUACUAUAACAUAAUAAACAGCAAAAACUAUUCAAGCUUUCUUCUCCUUUGUAUUUCAGUUUUCUUGCAGAAAAAUUAGUUGAUAAAUUCUAUUAAUUUUAAGAUUGUGUUUACCAAAAUGCUCUCACUCUGUCUGCCCAGGAAGGAGCAGGGAACUUGUGGGAUCUACCAGGCCCCAGCCCUCUCCAAGACCCCCCCUCGUCUUUGUGGACUGGUCAGGAAAACUCAGCUGAGUUCCGUUAUUUCAAUAUCAUAGCCUGAAUUGGACAUAUCUCAAAGUUUAGAAUCUGUCCCUUCCAUUCUUCCUCAUUAACGAUCUAUUGUUUCUUCCACAAUCAGUGUAUGGAAAGUCUUUCCCCAUGACCCCAGCCUCAGAUCAGGUCUUUGGAAACACAGUUCAAGGUAAAUUAAGUGAAGAGUUGGGGGCUCACAUUUACAAUGGCCACAAACCUUACAUACAUUUUCUCAUUUAAUCUCUAAGGAGUCCCUAUAGUUAUACCAUAAAAAAGAAAAGAAAGAAAGGUUAAAUUUGCUAUGAAUCCAGAUUGCCACUGAUUUCAUAACAAUGAACACCAUGGAGACAUUAUAUUACAUCCCAGAUGACAAUAAGACAAAGUAUUUGUUGAAAGUUCUUAAUUCUGUGCCUUAACAACCCCCAAAUUACAGACAUAACCAUGAACUGGCAAAAGCACAAAAAGCUUGACUAUUACGGGAAUCGCCUGGGUCCCAACCAAAAAGAUUCUGACUUAAUUUGUCUGAGAUGCAGCCUGGACCCAGGGAUUCUUUAAAAGCUCCCUGGGGUUAUUCUGGUGUGCAUCUGAGUUCUGGUAGAAAGGGAAAGCUUUAGAGUGGAAAACCACAGCACUGGGCCCGUUGACCUUCAACUCACUCCUUGCCCUCCUUAGGCCUCAGGUUGCACACGUGUAAGAUGGGGCCAUUGAACUCUGGUGAUUCACGGGUCUCACCCGCACUGCACACUACCCUCACCUCUUCAAUUUAAAGCAAAUGAUGUCUGGGUUCCCCAUCAGACCAAUUAAAUCAGAAUCUCAGGGGCUCCCCCAAGUGAUUCUAAUGGGCAAUCAGAGUUGAAAACCUCUACAGUCUCUUCCAGUUAUACAAGCCUGUGAUUCUACACUGUGCCCCCAAGAAAGGCAGAGUAGCAUAAAAGAAACGGUGUGAUAAAGAUUCCCAGAUGCAACAGACAGAACAAUUUGCAAUUGCUAAUAGGCCAAGACUUGGCCACUAGAUCCCAUAGUAAAACCCUCCAAUUCACUGUCACCAGCACUUGAUUCUAAAAGUGGCAAAUAACCCAAAUCUGAGCAUUAUUAGAGUCCUGGCACACUUUGCACUUAUUUUAAGAAAUAAGUUCUAAAAAAUCAACCUUUCCCCAAUGAAUGAGCAGCUUGCUCCUUCUUAAGUGACAGCUGCUGAAGUUGCCCUUAAAGUCUACCUUGCAUUUCUAUCUUUUGAUAAGCGCACAUUUUUAUUGCAAGAUAAUUCUCUGUUUUUAUUGCCUUGACUGGGGGCUGUAAAAUCUCAAUGAAUAGAAAUCGCUGCCUCUUUGAUCAGCCACAACUGCCAUAUCAAGGGGACCUGUUAGGACAACUAGAAACACAUUCCGACAGGAUUUGUAAAUGUAAAUCUAGUUUUGUAACUUUUUAGAAUUUUGUAAGGAAUAUUUUUAGGAAAACUCAUUUUUCUACUAAAAAAAAAAAACAGUUUACUUUAGAAAAACAGCAGUAGAAUCAAAAUUUGAAAAUGAAACCUUUGCUUUUUCUAACAUAGGUACAAUCUCAUUGCAGAGCUAAGCUAGGUCAUCAGCCUGGUAAAGAGGAGAAUCAGCAUUUUGAUAUGUGUAAAAUUAGGAAAUACAGAAAUAGUACAUUUAGUUUCAGUAUUGGUCUGAACCAAUCAGGUUCUGUUAAGUCUGUUAGGGCAAUGUUAAUUAAAAGGGAUUACUGUCUGUUAUCACUAAUAAGAGAACUAAACUGCAUUCCAUAUGCAAAUCACCUGCCACUAUGACCCUGUAAAUAUAAGAAAAGCAAUAACAUAGCACUUGGUUGGUUUAUAUGUACUAAUCUGACUUUUGAGACAAAUUAUUUUAUUUUUAUAUUUACUACUGAUAUGCAUUUACCAGUAUAGACUAUUUGAGAAAUUUCAGGAAAGCCCUCUUAAGGUUCAGUCUUCUUUGAAUACUCAAUACACUGAUGAAAUCCAUUAACAAACUUAUUAAGUCUAACGAUGACCACCCAAGAGCCCUGGCUGUGCAGUGAAAUCACCUGGGGAGCUUUUAAAAACCUUGAGGUUCAAGAGCACCACAGACCAAAUAAAUAUGAAUUUCUAGGAGUGAAACCUAGGCACCCUACUUUAUGAAGCUCUUUCAACCAUUCCCAUGUGUAACAAGGUGGAGAACCACCAGCCUAGAGUUUAAUCACUGGUGCCUGAACUUGCAGGCAAAUUCUCCUGAUGGAAGGACCUCCAAUGUGGCCACCCGAGAAUGGGAGAGGAGAAGAUCUUCCUAACUGAUGAAAGGAAAGGAAAUAUAGAAUGGCCACCCUUUUUCCAUUUACUAAGCUUGCUGUCUCUACAAAAGUGGCCUGAUAGUGAAUAAAGAUAGUGAGCAUUCUUGCUCCUUGUGUAACCCUAAAUUGUUGCCCUCUCAUAGCAACCAAGCAACUGCUAUUUUCCAGGGUGAAAGAAAACAUCGACCUAUCAGUUAACAUUACAAGGGACAGUAAGAGGAUCACAUGAGUAGUUGCAUGGUGUUUAUAAAACCAAGAGCCCAAGAAGAGAAUUUGUGCAUUUAAAAAAUAUUUUUAACAUCUAAUUCAUAAAUUAUACCUGGGAUAAAAACUGAAACAACUAGUUACGUUUUUAUUCUUUUAUCAUGUCUGUCCUAUCCGGAUUUCAAGCAGAAGUAUUAAGAAUCAGCCCUUUGUCACCCAGCAGAUAAAACUACAAGGGAAAUAUAAAUACAAAUAUUUUUAAAUACAUAUACACAUUUUUUUAAAAAAAGAAAGCAACUCAAUUGACCUUAUUUGGCUACAAAAUAACCUUGCUAUAUAACAUAAUCUCUCAGAAAUUAAGAGGGCACAUGGAUCUAAUGACCAAUAUUAGAGAUGAUAAUGUAACUGAUUAAUAACAGGCAGCAGUAACUUCAUUGCUGAAAACUCAAGCAAAAGCUUUAUGGUUUCUAUAUAUGGUACAUUUUAACAUUUUAAAAUUUUGCAAUGAAGAAAACAAUAUUUGUACAAAUGAAAAGCAAAAUUCUCUUUUACAUGGAUUAUACUGUUGAUCAGAAGAUAUUGUUUGUAUAUUGAGUGUUUAAAAAUUAGAUGUAUAUUAUUCAUUGUUCUUUACUUGUAAGUACCUUCUAAUAAUAUUGUAUUCUGUGGUUACAA